GUCAUUGCGUUCAGGCUUUUUGUAAUCAUUCCCGAAGUUGGAGUUGUUUCUGUCUAGGAUUGUUUAUCCAAAUUCAAAGUGCUUUAACUUUCAAAGUUUUCUAAGCAAAUACCAAAGAUGUCUGAAGGAAUCGAAGAUAAGAAGGAAGAAGAUAAAGUUUAUGGUGGUUGUGAGGGGCCUGAUGCUAUGUAUGUUAAAUUAAUAUCUUCUGAUGGUCAUGAAUUCAUUGUCAAGAGAGAGCAUGCUCUAACUUCUGGCACAAUCAAAGCCAUGUUAUCAGGACCUGGACAGUUUGCAGAGAACGAGACUAAUGAAAUUCACUUUAGAGAAAUCCCGUCUCAUGUGUUGCAGAAGGUUUGCAUGUAUUUUACAUACAAGGUUCGCUAUACUAACUCAUCUGCUGAGAUACCUGAAUUCCCGAUUGCACCUCAGAUUGCGUUGGAGCUUCUUAUGGCUGCUAAUUUUUUAGAUUGCUAAUUAUAUUCCAUUCGUAUUUAUUUAUAAUGAUUGAAAACCCUUCCCUGUAGUGAAAUUGUAAUUGUUAUUCGAAUAAAUAAUUUAAAUGUUAUCAUAAGUUCACAUUCAUUGUUUUUUAACACUUGCUACAUCAUGAAUGUAGAAUAGGCUAGGUUAUUAAUUAUGUAAACAAAAUACUGUUUUUAUUUAUAAAAGCAUUGUUGCCACUAUACUUUAAACCACUUGUCAGAAGUAAAGAAAUAAAAUAUGGUGUAUUUUGUAUUAUAAUUGAGUGUAUUUUAGUGUAAGAAGAUUAAAACCAAGUAAGCAAAGAGCCUAUUAGUUGACACAUAACCUGGUCUUAUGCCAAACAAAACAUUAAUUCUUUGAAUAAUUGUUUUUUCAAUUUGGAUGGUUAUAUUCAUCUUUCUUUUUUUUAAUGGUUUAAUACUUAUAUAACUUUCUUUGUUUUUAAGGGGAAGAGAAUCAUGGAAUAGUGACUGUACUUUUAAAUGAUUUAAAAUAUAGAUUUAUUUAUCAAUUAUACAAUAGCAGCUAUUCACUUAAUUGAUACAUAUUUAACAGGUACUGUGUUACCUCUCGUAAUAUAUAUUUUUAAUCCCAGUAUUAAUCAUAUAUUUAUAUUGCUAGAACCUUGGUAAAAUUUAUGUAGAAAUAUAAAAAUAUUUUGAUUGCUGUUUUCAACUACAUCUUGGGAUAAAUUGAUAAUGAAAAGUUUACCUAUCACUGAAAAACAAGUUUUGUUGGGCUAUGAAAUGGAUGAAAUGACAUGACUCAUUUUUUGUAUCUUAGUGCGACCAUGAACUAUAUAAUCCUUAAUAUCACGAGAUGUGUUAAAAUGAAAAGCCUAUUUUAUGGGAAAAAAUCAGUAAUUGUUUCAUUUUUACUAAUUAUCUUUUGGAUUACUACAAUUGGUUUAAAAGAAACUUGUAAAUUAGGUAUUGUUGAAACAAACUAUAACAUGAGAAAAUAUUUAUGAAUUUAGUUCAUAUUAUUGUUUUA